CCCCAGCCAACGCAGGGGAUUCUGGGAAGAAAGUUUAGGGAUCGGGAACAUGGUGAUGGAAGGGGGCUAUAAGCACCUAAUUCUUGGUGGGAAACACAAAAUCUGUAAUGCUUUCGUGACAUGCAAGCAGACUUCUGUGAGAGGUAAAUGUUAUCACGUCUGUAACAAUUAUUUCGUGAAACAUCAAAAGCCCUCUCUGUUUGUAUGCGAAUGUUGUGUGGUUAGCUUAGCCUGGCUACUUGUUCCGCUAGCCAGCCAUAGCUGGCCAUUGUUUUUGUUAAGUUAACGAAAUGAAAGCAAUAAAGCUAGAAAGCAGUGUUUGCCUCCAACCGAGGCAGGGCCCAGUGGGUCAGACUUGCUUGAGUAAUGUGGUUUAGUUUCUCUCGGGAAGAUGGAUGAAAGGUCCACCAACCACCACCGGCUCUUGAUUGCCCUGGUGAUAAUCUUGCUCUUUGGCGUUAUUGUGCUUCAGUACCUUUGUCCUAGCUCCGAUUGCCAACUGUUGCACCUAGGAUCAUUGGUCUCCAACUCCAAGCGAAUCGACAUUGGCCUCAGUGGACAGGACACAUACGUCGCCGAGGACUGUGCCCUAGCCCGUUUUGUUCCCCGCUUCAAUUUCCCCUCAGUCGACUCGUAGACUUCAAUAUCCAGGGAGAUUAUGUUAUUGUUUUUCUACACAUUCAUUAGACAGGGGGCACAACAUUUGGUCGACAUUUAGUGCGUAAUAUUAAACUCGAGAGGCCUUGUGAGUGUCAUGCUGGCCAAAAGAAAUGCACCUGUUACCGGCCAGGUAAAAGGGAAACGUGGCUUUUCUCUCGGUUCUCCACUGGCUGGAGCUGUGGUCUUCACGCGCGAGCCCCCCAAGAAGCCUACAGUUCCCAGCCGGAACUACUACUACAUCACCAUCCUGCGUGACCAGGUGUGGCGUAACCUGAGCGAGUGGCGGCACGUGCAGCGCGGUGCAGGGAGGCCUUCCAGGUGGCACGUGUGUGACGGGCGCACCCCCACGCUGGCCGAGCUGCCCAGCUACUACCCCAGGGAUGACUGGUCCGGCUGCUCCCUGCAGGAGUUCAUGGACUGCCCCUACAACCUGGCCAACAACCGGCAGGUCCGCAUGCUGGCAGACCUCAGCCUGGUGGGCUGCUACAAUGUCUCGGCCAUGAGCGAGGACGAGCGCUGGGCUGUGUUAUUAGAGAGCGCCAAGCGGAACCUGCGGGAUGGCCUGACAGAGUACCAGAGGGAAACCCAGUACCUGUUUGAGAGGAUCUUCUGCCAGGCGUUCAUCUGCCCCUUCACCCAGCUCAACGGCACGCGGGCGGCCAGCGUAGAGGUCGUGCCUGAGACGCAGCUCCAGGUCCGCCAUCUGAACCAAUGGGAUGAGGAGCUGUACGAGUAUGCCCGUGACCUGUUGCUCCAGCUCUUCCAGGUGGCCCGGCAGCAGGAGAGGAAACAGGCCAGGGAGAGAAGGCAGCAGAAGAGGAAACAGGCCAGGGAGAGAAGGCAGCAGAAGAGGAGACAGGCCAGGGAGAGAAGGCAGCAGAAGAGGAGACAGGCCAAAAGGAGGCAUCAGAAGAGGGGAGGUGGAGAGCCUGUAGAGGCUGAGGUGCAGCUGCCAGACUGGUGUGGUCUGGAGGAGAACAGCACCAUUGAGGACUACAUGGAUAAUGUGGAACAGUGGCAGUAG